ACACACGUGUCAGAGGAGUGGGCUCUGCACAACGUGAAUGUUGAGCUCCCUGAUUAGUUGUUAAAUAAAAGGGGUGUGAUUUUCUCCAUCUUUUUUUUUUCUUUCUUUUUUCCCUGUCAUCAGUCUGCAGGCAGCACGGAGGGUCGGAGGGCCCACCGAGGAGACGGAGAAAGGACGACAGAUGGACGUGGGUGUGGAGCACGUGCGCUACGAGCUGCUGGCAGAGGUCGGACAGGGCUCGCACGGGCGCGUGUACAGAGCCCGGCGGCUGGGCGGCGACCAGCGCCUCCUGGCGGUGAAGAAGUUCAACGUCCCCGCGGACGCUUCGGCCAACGGGAUCCCCGCCUUCAUGAUCCGCGAGGUGGCGCUGCUGCGCAAGAUGAAGUACUUCAACCACCCCAACAUAGUCCAGCUGUUGGAUGCGUCCGUCGUACCAGUGGACCGGAGCCUGGACCUCACUCUGGUUUUAGAAUACAUCGACCAGGACCUGUCCACCUUCCUCUCCAAGGCUCCUGCUUCUGGACUGAGCCGCGACCGCAUCAAGGAUGUGAUGCUGCAGCUGCUGCAGGGAUUGGACUUCCUGCACACGAACAUGGUGCUGCAUCGCGACCUGAAGCCGGAAAACAUCCUGGUCAGCAGCCAGGGAGAAGUGAAGAUCGCAGACUUUGGACUGGCACGCAUGUACACCUUUAAUAUCGCCCUCACUCCGGGUGUGGUGACGCUCUGGUACAGAGCCCCGGAGGUGCUGCUGAACUCGGUCUACAUGUCCUCGGUGGACAUGUGGAGCGCCGGCUGCAUCUUCGCCGAGCUCUUCCUCCUGAGGCCGCUGUUUCAGGCGUACACAGAGGUGCAGCAGCUGCAAAAAAUCUUUGAGGUUCUCGGCCUGCCCAGUGAGGAGGACUGGCCCCCGGACAGCCCCAUCUCCUACUCCGUCAGCUGGGGGCCGACGGUUCCCUGCACCAAGCUGCUGCACAACCUGGGCCCCGACGAGAGCGACCUACUUGCCAAAUGUUUGGCCUUCAGACCAAGCGGCCGCAUCUCAGCCGCCAAAGCUCUGGCUCAUCCUUUCUUCACAAGGCACUGAAGAGUUCCCGUCGAGGUUCCGCCCUCCGCCGCCUGGAUGCUCGACCGCUCCGCAGUGUCAGCUGCACUCAACCAAAAAGACACGGAGGCUUCACCAGCAUCAUGAAAACACACACUGCCUGACCUGCGGGUCACGACUCUUUAAGCACAGAAACCUCAAGUUUACAUUUUAAGUCGUUGGUGAGAGUGAAGCCAUUCAUAUAUCAACACCUAUAGUUUUCUUUUUCGCAAUAUUUUUGGGAGAUUGCUGCUCAACAGAUUUAAUAUCAGUUUCUGAAUUUGAUCUGCCUUCAGGAGAACCGCGUCGUUCCUUGAUUUAAUUUAAUUUGACAGUAUAAUGUGAAUACUUACGCUUCUUCUUCUUCUGUUUUUCUUGUUCAACGUUUCAACCCGAAGAGAAGUUUUGCUAUAAACUGCUGAUGACACUUUAUUAUGAGCACCUUCGUGUUCAUGAGUUACUUUAUAUUGUUCUGGAGGAAAACAAUUUUUUUUUUGUGAAGAUAUUUAUGGUGCAAUGACAGUAUUUAUAUUUGUAGUGACAGAUUUUAUUUUAAUUUUCUCAAUGCGAAUUUCACUGUUCAUUCAAAGAAGCAUUUCUAUAAAUAAUAAUUGUCUUGCAGAUGCGUCUCUGCAUUUUCACUGUCACUGGUCUUAUGCUUGUGAGAACAUUUACCCUGUAAUUGCACAGUUUGAACACAGGGGGGCAGUAAUGUAAAUAUUGCCCUAUACAGUAGGAGGGCAGAGUUUAAAAUAUUCAAGGAGUUCUUAUAUUGUUAUGUUCAGGACUCCACAUUUCAUGGAUCGUUGCAAUAAAGUGGGAAUAAUAAUUAAUACUACAUAUAACCAAAAGGAAAACUGACUUCUGGAAAAAUGUUAUGGCAUUUUAAUUGAAUAUGAUAGACAUAUUCAUAAAUAAGGACCAAUAAAGUCAAAUUGAAAUGUCAAAAA